CUGAACCUGGACCUGGACCUGGACCUGGACCUGGACCUGGACCUGGACCUGGACCUGGACCUGAACCUGGACCUGGACCUGGACCUGAACCCAGACCACUGGACCCACAUCCACAUGUAGUGGGUUGGUGGAUUUUCAGUCUGCUCCUCCAAACGUUGGCUUCUGCGUUCAUCUGUGUUUGCAGAGUUUGUGUUUGGGUUAAAGCAGCGUCGGCAGACAGGCUGUCAUUCGUUCUGCUCCUGUUGGUGUUCAAGGGUUAAAGUUCAUGUGGUGUGAGUUUAUCCUGGAGAAAUGUGAGAGAACCAGUCGGACAGUUAAAGGCAUUUAAACAGCCGCAGGAUCAUGUUAUGGGCGUGGACAUCAGUAUGAUGUGGUUGUUGUUGUUGUUGUUGUUGUUGUUGUUGUUGUUGUUGUUGUUGUUGUUGUUGUUGUUGUUGUUGUUGUUGUUGUUGUUGUGAAGGUGGAGCUUCUGCCAUGGAUCAAUAUGAAGGUGUAGCCCCCCCAUCGAAAAGCCCCCUGAGUGGAGAACCUGAGUCCAGACCUCUGAGGUCACAGACGAAGGUCAGAUCAUGGUCUACUGGAUCUGAACCCAGACCCAGACCUGAACCCCAGUGUGUGUCCAUGAGGAGCCAUCAGUCCAAGUCCCUCAGUCCCACAUUCACCAGACGCUUUGGUGAAGUCACAUUCUGUUUGGAUGAUUUAGAUGUGAAACAUGGUCAGGAUCAGAAGGAUCAGCAUCACAGAGACCUGGACGGCAUUUUGAAGCUGCUUGAACCAGUUGUGGUCAGUUUUGUCAAAAAUGAGCUGGAGAGAUUCCAGACAGUUCUAAAAACAGAUGACCGAGAAUUCUCAUGGGAUCCAGGAGAAAAUGAGGAGCAGAGGAGGAGCAGAGAGGCUUUUCUGAAGUUCACCGUUCACUUCAUGAGGAUGAUGAAGCAGAAGGAGUUGGCUGAGCUUCUCAUGAUGAAGAUGCUCAGUCCUGCGUGCCGAUAUAAGCUGAAGUGUAACCUGGUGAAGAAGUAUGAGUGUGUGUCUGAGGGAGUCACAAAAGCAGGAAACCAAACCUUCCUGAAGCAGAUCUACACAGAGCUCUGCAUCACAGAGGGAGGGGCUACAGAGGUCAUCCACGAACAUGAGGUCACACAUAUCGAAGCAACAUCUAUGAAAUAUACAAAACCAGAAAUAUCCUUCAAAUGUGAAGACAUCUUUAAAACACCACCUAACAGAGAUCAGCCAAUCAGAACGGUGCUGACAAAGGGCGUGGCCGGCAUCGGGAAAACAGUGUCCACACAGAAGUUCAGUCUGGACUGGGCUGAAGACAAAGCCAACCAGGACAUCCACUUCAUAUUUCCAUUCACCUUCAGAGAGCUGAAUGUGCUGAAACAGAAGAAGUUCAGCUUGGUGGAACUGGUUCAGCACUUCUUCACUGAAACCACAGAAGCAGGAAUCUGGAUCUUUGAAGACCUCCACGUGGUGUUCAUCUUAGACGGUCUGGAUGAGUGUCGACCUCCUCUGGACUUCAACAACACUCAGAUCCUGACUGAUGUAACAGAGUCCAGCUCAGUGGAUGUGCUGCUGAUGAACCUCAUCAGGGGGAACCUGCUUCCCUCUGCUUGCCUCUGGAUAACCACACGACCUGCAGCAGCCAAUCAGAUCCCUGCUCAGUGGGUGGACAUGGUGACAGAGGUCAGAGGGUUCACUGACCCACAGAAGGAGGAGUACUUCAGGAAGAGGUUCAGAAAUAAAAAACAGACCAACACAAUCAUCUCCCACAUCCAGAGGUCCCAAAGCGUCCACAUCAUGUGUCACAUCCCAGUCUUCUGCUGGAUCACUGCUACAGUUCUAGAGAAUGUGUUGAAGACCACAGACAGAAGACAACUGCCCAAGACCCUGACUGAGAUGUACAUCCACUUCCUGGUGGUUCAGGCCAAACUGACGAAUGUCAAGUAUGAUGGAAGAUCUGAGACAGAUCCACCCUGGAGUCCAGAGACCAGGAAGAUGAUUGAGUCUCUGGGAAAACUGGCCUUUGAGCAGCUGAAGAAAGGAAACCUGAUCUUCUAUGAAUCCGACCUGACAGAGUGUGGCAUCGAUAUCAGCUCAGCCUCAGUGUACUCAGGAGUGUUCACACAGGUCUUUAUAGAGGAGAGAGGACUGUACCAGGACAAGAUGUUCUGCUUCGUCCAUCUGAGUGUCCAGGAGUUUCUGGCUGCUCUUCAUGUCCAUCAGACCUUCACCAACACAGGAGUCAAUCUGCUGUCAGAAGAACAAACCACAUCCUGGCCACCAGUCGUCAUUAGAAAGGAGACCAAACUCUCACACUUCUACCAGACCGCUGUGGACAAGGCCUUCAAGAGUCCCAGUGGACACCUUGACUUGUUCCUCCGCUUUCUUCUGGGUCUUUCACUUCAGACCAAUCAGAAUCUUUUGCAAGGCUUGCUGAUUCAGAGAAGGAACAAAUCAAAAACCAACCAAAAGACAGCAAAGUAUGUGAAGCAGAUCAUCAGGGACAACUCCUCUGAGAGAAGCAUUAAUCUGUUCCACUGUUUGAAUGAGCUAAAAGAUCAUUCUCUGGAAGAAGAAAUCCAACAGUACCUGAGAUCAGGAAGUCUCUCCACAGAUGAACUGUCUCCUGCUCAGUGGUCAGCUCUGGCCUUCAUCUUACUGUCAUCAGAAAAAGACCUGGAACUGUUUGACCUGAAGAAAUACUCAGCUUCAGAGGAGGCUCUUCUGAAGCUGGUGCCAGUGAUCAAAGCCUCCAACAAAACUGUGUUAAGUGGCUGUGACCUUUCGUGGAGAAGCUGUAAAGCUGUGUCUUCAGUUCUCAGAUCCUCGUCCUCUAAUCUGUGAGAGUUAGACCUGAGUAACAAUGACCUACAGGAUUUAGGGGUUAAGUGGCUUUCUUCUGGACUCAAGGAUCCCCAGUGCAAGUUGAAAGUUCUCAGACUGUCAGGAUGUCUGAUCACAGAGGAAGGCUGUGCUUCUUUGGCUGAUGCUCUGAGUUCCAAUCCAACCCAUCUCAGAGAACUUGACCUGAGCUACAACCAUCCAGGAGAAUCAGGAAUAAGGUUACUGUCUUCUGGCCUGGAAAACCCACAGUGGACACUGGACACUUUCAACUUCAACAAUUGUGGAAAGCUGCGGCUGAAACCUGGUGUAAGGAAGUUUGCCGUCGAACUCACUUUGGACACAAACACAGCGUACAGGAAACUCCGACUGUCCCACAACAACAGGAAGGUGGUCUCACAGCGACAGUAUCAGCCAUAUUCGGACCAUCCCGACAGGUUCGACUGCUUCCCUCAGCUGCUGUGUUCCACCGCUCUGACCGGUCGCUGUUACUGGGAGGUGGAGUGGGAAGGAGCCGUUCAUAUCGCCGUGACCUACCGAGGAAUCCAAAGGAAGGGGAACGGGGCCGACUGCAGGUUUGGGAUGAACGACCGCUUGUGGAGCCUGAGCUGCUCUAGCGGUGGUUACUCGGCCUGGCACAACAACAGAGUCACGUGUGUUCCGUCGUCCCUGCCGGCGUCCAACCGGGUGGCGGUCUACGUGGACUGUCCUGCAGGAUCUGUGUCCUUCUACAGAGUCUCCUCUUAUGAAGUGGUCCACCUCUACACCUUCAACACCACCUUCACAGAGCCGCUGUACGCUGGGUUUGGGAUCGGCUUUGGGUUCGGUAUGGGCUUGUCCGGGUCUCUGCUUCUAUGUGAGCUCUAAGAGGUGAAAGAAGGGCGUUUCACACAUACAUUCACCCAAUGCUCAUGUUUCUGUUGUGUGAUGAGAACUUCUGCUUGACAUACCUGUGGAAUAAUGGUGUAAAACCCCAGAAAGAUUAGGUGAAUCAGUAUGCGAACAAUGUCGUUAAGAGAUCGUAAGAUGUUUCCACCAUUCACAGUUUUUCCUUCAUCUGUGAAUUCCAACCAACUCCUGUGUAUCUUAAAUAAGACGUGGUUGAUGUGGCUUUACUCACUCUACUGUCCAUCCAUCCAUCCAUCCUGUCAUGUCUGCUCCCAGACUGUGUCUGUCUUUUCUGUUUUGUCUGUCAUUUCCUGUUUUAUUUUGUUAAGUUUCCCUCUUGUGUCAUGUCUGGUGUCUUUAC